AUGCAGUGUCCACCAACCCACUCAGUGUCCAGCAACCCAUUCAGUGUCCACCAACCCACUCAGGGUCCACCAACCCACUCAGUGUCCACCAACCCACUCAGUGUCCAGCAACCCAUGCAGUGUCCACCAACCCACUCAGUGUCCACCAACCCACUCAGUGUCCAGCAACCCAUGCAGUGUCCACCAACCCACUCAGGGUCCACCAACCCACUCAGUGUCCACCAACCAACUCGGUGUCCACCAACCCACUCAGUGUCCACCAACCCAACCAGUCUCCACCAACCCACUCAGUGUCCACUACCCACUCAGUGUGCACCAACCCACUCAGUGUCCACCCACGUUUUUUAA